AUCAAUAUAUAUAUAUAUAUAGAAUCCGGAAGACUGGAUUUCCUGAGAGAGAAGUAGAGAGGAAAAUUAGAUACAAAAAGGAGAGUUAAUGAUUCGUCGUAAGCGCUGAAAAUGCCCUGAAUCAAAGGCGGUUCCGGUCCACCGCCGAUCCACUGUCUCUGUCUCGUAUACUCUCACUUAUCUGUCUCCAUCUCUAUCACCGCCCGAGUCUGCUGAAUCCUGUGUUCUAGAUUAUGGCAUUUGAUCACAACGCUAUACCAAAAGACCUGAGACCGUUGAAUGUGGUUAGCUCUAUGACUGAAGAACCCCGCAUGGCAGCUACUAGUAAUGUCAGUGGUAGAAACAUUGAAGGGUUUUUUCCCAAUCCAUCUCUGGAGCCUGCAAGUCCUGGUACGGUGCCUAUUUUUUAUCCAGCAACUAUGGCUAAUUCUGGUUUUGUAGGUUUAGGGUAUGCAAAUGCAGUGCCCUUGGCACCGGGUGCCCCUGCAUGGAGGCCUCCCAUGCCAAUGCAUGUACCUUUGCCGGUGGGGCGCCCAAGUAUGAAUCCUGUUGUUGGGUUUGGCUAUAAUCCAAAUUUGAGCAAUAUGGUUGUUGCUAAUGUUGUGGAUCAGUUUAGUAAUGGUAUGGUAGCUGGGCAUGGUUCCAAUCCUAGUUUGGGCUAUAGAAACAGUGGGAAUGGAAGUGAUCAAAUGAGUAAUUAUGUUACGACAACAGGUUUUGCACCAAGUUCCAAUAUUGAAAAUAGGGGUAGUGGCAAUGGAAAUGAUCAGUUGCAGAAUGAAUUAUUAGGUGGGUUUGCUCAUAAGCCAAGUUCAGGACUCAGAAGCAGUAGCAGCGGGGCUGAUCAGGUGAGUGAUGAGGGUGGAGGUGAUUCGGUGUCAGGAAAAAAGGUUAAGAUUUUGUGUAGUUUUGGAGGGAAGGUACUGCCUAGACCUAGUGAUGGGGUGUUGAGAUAUGUUGGGGGGCAGACAAGGAUUAUUACUCUCAGGAGGGAUGUGAGCUUUAAUGAGUUUGUGCAAAAGAUGGCGGAUGCUUAUGGGCAACCUGUGGUUAUUAAGUACCAGCUUCCUGAUGAGGAUCUCGAUGCAUUGGUAUCCAUUUCAUCCGUGGAUGAUCUUGAUAAUAUGAUGGAUGAGUAUGACAAAGUGGUUGAAAGGUCUUCAGAUGGGUCAGCUAAGUUAAGGGUAUUUUUGUUUUCGGCUUCGGAGCUUGAUCCUUCUGGUAUGGUUCAAUUUGGGGAUUUACUUGACGAUGGGCAGAAAUAUGUUGAAGCCGUGAAUGGAAUUGUGCAUGGAUCGGCUGGUGGCAUCACACGGAAGGAGAGCUUAGCAAGUCUGGCUUCAACACGGAAUUCUGAUUUGAGUGGGGGUGAGGCUGUUGAUAGCAUUGGUGCUGGUCAGGGGGAUGAUAAUGGGGCUCCAUCAACAAGCAUGUUGUCACCUGGAGGGAAUUCAGCUACUUUUGUUGAUACUGGUCCAAAAAUAAUGGUUGUGGAUCCUAGUCCGGCUGUUUAUGCAGAUGGUGCUGUUCAUUUAGGAAUUCCAGUGGUAAAAUCUGCUCCUCCUCAAACACUGUCUUCUCAACAUGAGGUUGAGUCAGAGAGGCCAAUGCCCCUUAGUUCGCCACCUCAACAAGUGAUAUAUGAUAUGCCACAACACUAUGCAUCUACUACAUAUAUUGAUCCUCGCCGUGAGGUUAUUAACCAUUCUGAUCAUGUGCAUCUUGCACCUCAAAUGGGAUCAAGUCCUAUGUUGAUGGGCAAAACUGAUUCUGUAUUUAACCAACAACAUUUUUGUGAUAAUUCUUCCUUUCAUCAGUUCAUUCCUGCGUUGCACAUGACAAUGACUCCCUCCACUUCACAUGUUGGUGUUAGACCAACAGUAGUUCAUCCACUGUUCCAACCCAAACAAAUGCCGAUGGAGAAUGUUCAGCUUCCUGUUGAUGAGAGACAAAAUGUUUAUCAGGCUCAUAUUCCAACCUCAAUGGUUCCAGUAAGUCAGGGUUUGAUGGGUAUGACAGGUGGCUUACAAUCACAAUAUGUUUUGCCGACACAAUACCAGCUUAAACAGGAGGUCCCGCGUACUGGGGCCAUUGGCAUUCAUGCUGCAGAACAGCCAGUGCCCAAAGCCUCAAGAGAAUAUCAUGGCAAUAUUCCUGGUGUCCCCAAAAAUGAUAUUGUAGACCCUAACCAUCUGAUUCCCGUUGAUGGGAUGAUGGAAGCUCUUCGGAUAACCAAUGAGCAAGGUAAUUUACCUCUUUACAAAACCAGAAAAGAUAUCUUAGAUGAGAGAAUUCCACAAACAGCAGGGAGAGAUGUCCUUUUGGAUAACAUCUUUAGCAAAGAAAUAGACUCCAAUGAGAUGGUUAUUUUGGAUUAUGUAAUAACACAUAACCAACCAAGAAUUGGAACCCAAAACUUGGGUUCUAUUGAAGUUCAAUAUGGGAACCCUCAAUUUUCUGGUGUUCAGUCGGCACAUAAAGUGGAUGAUGUUUUGGAUUCCACAGAUUCACUUUUUAGCAAUCAAGAUCCUUGGAAUUUACAACAAGAUGCUCAAUUUCCUCCUAGACCUAACAAGAUUCAAACACAUAGAGAUGGAUUAGCAACUAAAGACCCUUUUGGAGAGAACAGUGCAGUAAUCAAUGGUGAAUCUAAAGCCCAAUUGGAAGAAGAAGUUUACCAGUCAUUAAAUCAUUUGAACAAGGAUUUCACUUCAGACAACACACAAUCCACACAAGGCUCGGCUGAGGAACUCAUCAAGAAAGAACUACAAGCUGUUGCUGAGGGAGUCGCUGCUUCUGUUUUCCAGUCAUCUACCCUUUCCAAUCCCGACAUACCAGCAACAACCGACAAAUAUGGUUUUGAAGGCAAGCAAGAGACUGAUGUUUCAACUAGAAACAUUGAAAUGCAGCAUAAAGCUAAAUUUGAGGAAAUCAAGACCAAACAACCGGACAGAACAAAUUUUGGUUUACGAGUUUCAGAUGGCAUUGGUUGCUUGCAGAUUAUAAAAAAUAUUGACCUUGAAGAGCUGCGAGAGCUUGGGUCUGGCACCUUUGGUACUGUUUAUCAUGGGAAGUGGCGGGGUACUGAUGUUGCAAUCAAACGGAUCAAUGAUAGAUGCUUCGCAGGGAAACCUUCUGAACAAGAACGCAUGAUUGAUGAUUUCUGGAAUGAGGCAAUUAAGCUUGCUGACUUGCACCACCCCAAUGUUGUGGCUUUCUAUGGAGUUGUUCUUGAUGGUCCUGGUGGCUCUGUGGCAACUGUGACAGAAUUUAUGGUUAAUGGUUCUCUAAGAACUGCUUUGCAGAAGAAUGAGAGGAAUCUUGAUAAGCGUAAGCGACUUUUGAUUGCCAUGGAUGUGGCUUUUGGAAUGGAGUAUUUGCAUGGAAAGAAUAUAGUGCACUUUGAUUUGAAGAGUGACAAUUUACUUGUCAAUCUUCGAGAUCCCCAUCGCCCGAUAAGCAAGGUUGGUGAUUUAGGCCUUUCUAAGGUGAAAUGUCAAACUCUGAUCUCAGGUGGUGUCCGUGGAACCCUUCCGUGGAUGGCUCCAGAACUUCUGAAUGGCAGCAGCAGUCUUGUCUCAGAAAAGGUCGAUGUGUUCUCAUUUGGUAUUGUCAUGUGGGAGCUUCUCACUGGAGAAGAACCAUAUUCAGACUUACAUUAUGGGGCAAUUAUUGGUGGCAUUGUAAGUAAUACACUAAGGCCACCGGUUCCAGAAUGCUGUGACCCGGAAUGGAGAUCAUUGAUGGAGAGAUGCUGGUCACCCGAGCCAUCAGAGAGACCAAACUUCACCGAGAUAGCAAAUGAGUUGCGCUCAAUUGCAGCAAAAGCUCAACCAAAGGGACAAAACCCACAAAAAUAAGCAGAAAGCUCAACCCUCGGUUUUCAAAUAUGAUUUUGGACAAUCUGGUCAUUGUUGGAAUCUCUUGUUUCCUUUGCAUUUGCUGGCAGUUGGAGGAAUAAUAGGAGGUCGUAAAUGUGCUGCUGCUUGGCAUGAACGUACGCAGCGCUGGAAGAGGAACGGAACUAAGUUUAUUAUUUAAUUAUUUUACAUAUAGAAAUUAUAUUUGGUGAUUUUGUUGACAUUAGACUUUACAUCUGAUUGAAGUUUGUUUUUAUGUACAAUUUAUAUUGUUGGGGAAUUAUAUGUUGAAUCUUU